AUGGCUCCCCCUCCGCCGGUCAACAGGCCGCACGCGUGCCUGUCCGCGGCGCUGAUCGUGUGCAGCAUGGCGCUGCUGGACGCCUACCUGGUGGAGCAGAGCGUUGGCGCGCGCAAGGUGGGCGUGGGCAUCGUGGUGCUGGUGGGCGACGCCUGCUUCCUGAUCGCGCUGCGCUACGUGGCGGCGUGGGUGGGCGCCGAGGUGCGCUCGGCCCAGCGCGGCUACGCCAUGGUGCUCUGGUUCUUCUACGUCUUCGUGCUGGAGAUCAAGGUCUACUUCGUGUACCAGAACUACAAGGCCAGGGCGUCGUCCGCGGACGCGCUGGGCCGCAAGGCGCUGACCCUCCUCCUGUCGGUCAGCGUCCCCGUCCUCUACGUGGUGCUGGCCGCCAUCGACCACAUGGAGUACGUGCGGCCGGUCCGCAAGCGCGAGGAGAUCCGCAGCCGGCUCUUCUGGGUGGUGGUGGACCUGCUGGACGUGCUGGACGUGCAGGCCGGCCUGUGGGAGCCGCAGCGGCGCGGCCUGCCGCUCUGGGCCGAGGGCCUGACCUUCUUCUACUGCUACAUCCUGCUGCUGGUGCUGCCGUGCGUGUCGCUGAGCGAGAUCAGCAUGCAGGGGGUGAACAUCGCGCCGCACCGCAUGAUGCUCUACCCGAUCCUGAGCCUGGCCGCCGUCAACGUGGCGACGCUGCUGAUCCGCGGCGGCAACCUGCUGCUGUACCGCGAGGCGCGCGUCUCCGGCGUGCUGGUGGGCAAGAACGUGGUGGCCAUCGUGCUCAAGGCCUGCAGCUUCGCGCAGUACCGCAAGAGCCUGCAGGGGGCGACGACGAGCAACGCCGCCACCACAACGACGACCACGAUGGGGGUCAGUGUCGGCGGCGGCGGUGUUAUCGGCGUCGGUAUGUCGCCGGCGUUGACCGCCGAGCUGCACAAGAACAGCAUCAUCGUGACGCACACCACCGGCGGGCACAACGCCAUGGGCGGGGGCGUGCCCAUGAGCAUGAGCGUGCCCGUGACGCUGAGCGUGCCCAUGCACGUGCCCGUGAUGAUGCCGGUGGCGAGCAUGCCCGGCAUCCCGCCGCAGGUGGUGAUCCAGGACUUGACCACUCUGCCAGAGGAGAGCGAGGGA